AAAUAAAUCUUAAAAAAUGAAACUAAAAAGUGAAUUCAAAGAUGAUAAAAAAAAGAAGGUGCAUAAACCAAGGGCAGGACUUUUUAAAGUGCGCAAAAUCAAUAAAAUAUCCAUUCACUCAGUAAAACUACAAAUAUUCAAUAAUGACUAUAUGGCAGGCAUUUGGCACUGAGAACAAAACAAAGUUCCUCUCCUUAUGGAGCUUGUACUUUAACAGGGAACAGGGAGAGAAUAUAUAGAAACUAAAUAAAUACACAGUUUAUCAGCAGAGUAGACGUGAUGUAGAGAGGGAGCCCAUCAUGGGACAUGUGAAGGAAGAACAUUCCAGACAGAGGGAAAAGCGAGGAGAAAUGGGCUGAGACAGGAACAUGCUUGAUGUGUUUGAGCAGGAGCAACGAGAUGAUGGCUGGAAAUCCACAGACAAAGAGGAGUGGUGGAAAGUUAGGACAUGAGAUAAAGGAAUUCACCAUGUCCAGACUAUAUAAUGUGCCAUUGCUAUAAAAGACCUUCCACUUUUACUCUAAGAUAGAAAACUGUAGACAAUGUUGAGUGGAUGAAUGAAUUAAAUGGUCAGAGUUACAUUUUAUUGAGAUCAGUCUGGCUCCCGGGUGGAGAUGAGAAUGGGAAGGAUGAGGCCAAGGUAGACCCAGAAACAGGACUUGGAAGGCUAUGGCAAAAAUUCAGAGUUGAGGGCAGUCCAGAUCUGGAUGACGGAUGCAGAGGGCAAUCUUUGCGUUCUGAAGGUAAAGCUGACAGAAUUGGAGAAAAUGAGAGAAAGAGUGUAGGACUUAAAUGUUCUACUCUUGGACACUAGAAGAAUAAAAUGGAAAACAUUCUAACAGGGGGUAGGUUUGGGGGCACUGAGACAUCUGGUAGGCAGUGAAAUAGAUGCCCAUUGGAUACCGGCUAUAUGAGCCCGGCAUUCAGGGGGCAGGCAUGGGCUGGAGGGGAAACUUUUGUGCUGUCCUCCUAUGUAUAAACGGUAUCAAAAACCAAGCUGCUGCCUGAGGCUGCUGAAUGAAGGAGGACGGACAGAGCAGAGGCCCUGAGAUGGGAAGUCACUGGCCAAGUUCACCAAGAAAAGCAGCCAGUGACGUCAUGGGAGAACAAAGACAGGCUUGUGAUCUGGAAGGCGAAUGAAGGGUUUCCGGAAGAGGAGCAAAUAUCACUAGGAAAUGCUUCUAACGUCAAAAACUGAGACAGUACCUAAUGUGUUGAUUCUUAUAAAUAUCUGUCAUACAUUGUGAAACUGUAAAAAGCAAAUGACUGACAAGAUGAGGGAAAAGUUAGAGGUAAAUGUGUUUAUCUAUUGGGGAAUAACAAACUGUCCCAAAACUCAGUGGGUCAGUCACCCGUGUGGUCCUUCUCGUCUCUGGGAUUCUCCAUUUGUCUGAGAUCACCGGCACACAGGCUAGGAAUCUACUGACAUUUCUGGGAUCGUUUAUGUAUUAGUAAAACGUCUGGCUUUGGAAGCCUGAAGCUGGUCUCCGAUGGCCUGUCCGGGGCCACUGGGCUCUUCUCCACGUGACGUCUGUCAUCUUCUAGCAACCCAGCCCAGGUAUCCAAGAGGGGGAAGAGUGCCAUGCCUCUGAAGACCCGGGCACAGAGAGUUGCGGUGUCCAUUUACCGCAUCAUGAUGGCAAGACCAAGUCGUAGGUGAGCUACCAGUCAGAGCAAAGGGUUCAAAGAGACUGGAGAUGCAGGCCAUCGACAAAAUCAGUAUUGUACUGAGUGCUUUUUACAAGCACAGGAACAAAACUUUCAAUGAUGCGAGCUAAGCAUAUACUGGGGUUACUUUGUAGUGUGAGACUAUUUGGGUGGAUGAUCUUAUUUCAUUUCAUAAAAACUGUGUUACUUAAUUGCAAUUGUGAACCCAUGUUAAAAAAAAAAAAAAAAAAAAACUCUAAUUUUAAGUAAAAGAGUCAACCAAGAGAAAUAUACACAUUUUCCCCAGAACUGACAAGCGGGCAGAUGAGGAACAAGAGAAGAAAAAAGAUCGCUUAUCUGGGUUUUUAAAAACAGUGACAGGGAGUACCCCUGUGUGUCACUUUCCAGCUCCAGUUAAACCUCGCAAACUCACACGUCAUUCAGGGGUUGGGCGGACCUCCGUCCAGUGAGGCCUCUCUGCCACUGGGUGGCUGACAGAUGGCACUGAGACAAACGAGGGUCUAUUUGAUUUAUUAACCGUGUCAAAAAUACACUGCAACACACAACACAGCAACUGUGAGACAGAAGAAGGAAAAGCCAGGUUUUGCUUCCUGUUUUUCAAAGGAAAUAAGGUAUAGAUCAGAAGACGGGUCAAAUUCUUUCUUUGCAAAGACAAAGGAACCUGAAAAGCUGUAGUUUCCCGUUUAGAUUUAGGUAAUAGCAGCCAAUCCACUAAGAGCAGAGAUAGAAGGCUGCUUUCAUUUUCACUCCUUUUCCUGCCCAGAGAGCCUCAGCAGCAACAGCCGACAAGACAUCACCCCAAGGUCCGGCCCUACGACAAAACGGGGAUGGCCGGCAAUAGGGUGAACGACUUUAUUGAGGACUUGAAGGGAAAGAAGGUGUUAACAAAGCAAGAGUUACGUGCAAUAGGGAAAAGAGUGGACCUCAUCGUGGAUAAGACUGAAGGCCUGAUUGAUGGUCUCAAUGAGAAAUCGGGAAUAGUAGGAAAAAUAUUAGUGAAAAGUAUCUUCGGUCCCAAAGGCGAGCUGGCUUUAGAAAUUCUUGAUGAAAUUGAGAAUUAUGACUCUGACAACAGCGGGUCAUAUUCCUCUUCGACAGAAUAUGAAGAUGAAAGUGAAGAAAGUGAAGAAAAUGAAGAAAGUGAAGAAGAGGAAAAUGCUGAGUCACCCCAGGAAAUGGAUCCCCCGACAGAAGACACCAAACCUGCUGGCUCAUGUGAACCCUCAAACCUCACUGAGGACAAGAAAUCACCCCAAGAUCUGGUCAAUGACAAAAAGGGGAUUGCCCAUGGCAUGCUUGGUACCUUUUUUGCGGACUUGAAGGAAAAGAAGGUGUUAAAAGAACGAGAGAUACAAACACUAGGGGAAACAGUGAAUGUCAUUGUGGAUAAGACUGAAGGCCUGGUUGGUGAUCUCACUGAGAAAACUCAAAUGGUGGGCAAAAUGCUAAAGAACCAUUUCUUCAGUACCAAGAGCGAGGCGACUAUAAAAAUUCUUGAUGAAAAUGAGAAGGAUGAAUCUGGCAAAAUCAAGUCAUUUUCCUCCUCAACAGUUUUUCAGGUACCCCAGGCUUCCCAAAUCAAUGUGCUGAAGCUUUGUCCUUGUAUCCAUUUUAAGGAACCAAAGACAAUAAUAGCACAUGAGAUCUAUCCAGUGAUGGAGAAGAAGAGCCGAAUGCGCCUGGCUCUCAUCAUUUGCAAUAGAACAUUCGAUUAUCUUUCUGAGCGAGAAGGCUGUGAAAAGGACAUUUCGGGGAUGCGAGAUCUGCUGGAGAACCUUGGAUAUUCAGUGGUUAUAAAGGAAAAUCUCACCGCUCAGGAAAUGAAGGUCGAGCUGAAGCACUUUGCCACCCGCCCAGAGCACCGCUUCUCAGACAGCACGUUCCUCGUGUUCAUGUCACACGGCAUCCUGGACGGGAUCUGUGGGACAAAGCACAGGGAGGAAGAGCCAGAUGUCCUUCACGACGACACCAUCUUCCAGAUUUUCAACAAUCGCAACUGCAAGAACCUAAAAGACAAACCGAAGGUCAUCAUCAUGCAGGCCUGCCGAGGCAAAGGCAACGGGGCCGUCUGGGUGACAGAUGUGGGAGAAGCCUGUGCAUGGCCGGAAAACCAGCCCUUAGCACCCUACAUCUUCAGUGAUGCCGUACAAAAGACCCAUGUGGAGAAGGACUUCAUCGCUUUCAAAUCUUCGACUCCACAUAACGUUUCCUGGAGACUGAACACAGAUGGCUCUGUCUUCAUUUCCCAUCUUAUCCGCUACUUCAAAAUGUAUUCUUGUUGUCAUCAUUUGGAGGAGAUUUUCCGAAAGGUUCAAUAUUCAUUUGAGACUCCGAAUAUAAUUACCCAGAUGCCCACGAUUGAGAGACUCUCCAUGACACGAUAUUUCUACCUCUUCCCUGGGAAUUAAAACUCAUACACAGCAUCUCAGGGAAACUGGGCCAUUAUGUACUCGACGAACCUACUACUUUAAAAGGGCAAUGUCUGCUCGUGAAUAUUUUUAUACGAAACUUCCCAAAUGCCCACCUUCAACCAAGGCCAAGUGAAAAUCAAUGUCAUAUUGUUGCUGAGUUAGUACUUACUACAUUUUUAAAAAAUUUUGUUUGUUUUCUCAAGUUAUUGUAAGGGUAAAACAUUUUCGUUGCAAAACAAAGUUUAAGUAUAGAAAAACAUUUAAAAAUAUUUAAUGAAUAAGUGAUUACAUUAAUAGGUGUCCUGGUAUUAGGCAAAGAUCAUAUUCUCGGGAUAAACUCUUCUCUGUUAUAAAGGAUCAUUCACGUACUCUCCACUUGGAAGACUAUUACUAACAUUUGACUUGGGACAUUUACAUUAUAGACUGAAUUCUCAUUUAUUUUGACUCAUUUCUAACUUGGCCAUAGGAUAUUUUGGUAAUAUUUUUUAAUGAACUACAAGUAGUAUUUUUUUUUUGAUUCCUAGAAUGUGAAAAAUCUUUGUCCCUGAGUUCACUUAUGAGUUCUUCUAAAAACAUAUACAAAGGCCAGUGUGAAUUUAUUUCUUAAUAGUAUGUUUUUAUUAUCAAAAUGUUGAUUUUUUUAAAAAAAGUACCCAUACAUAUCUGCAUCUGUAUACUCAUUAACUUUCAAACUAUAGAUGAAAGCCAAUGUGUAUAAUCACUAAAAAAAAAUAACAAAAACAAAAAAACAAAAAAAACUUUAUUUUGUUUGAAUCUUGAGAACAUGGAGAUUAUGUAAAAAUAUCCCUUUAGAACUGAAAGUGACAAAGAGGGAAGUGAAAAUCAAGUUCCAUGAAAUGAUUUAUGUUCUCUCUCUUCCAUCCUGUGGUCUUACUUCCUCUCUCUCUACAUACACAAACUCACAGAUGAAUUUAGAAAGCUAACUGUGUAAGAUACUCUAUGACCUGCACUUGUGUUGAUUCAAAAUUAACAUCUAGGAUUAAAGGGAGAUGUGAAGCAUCAGUAAUAUACAUAGCCUAAGCUUAAGAGGGUGGGGGAAGGCGAUCAAGGGCUGACUGGGGGCUGGGUAGUCUCCUUCCUGUCCCUUUUCACUCAGCCCCUUAUAUUCUGAAGGUCACAUCUCCAGCUGUUGGAGCUACAGCUCUUAAAGUCAACAAAAGUGCAGCCUAGUCAGCAAGAAAGAGGAAGAACCAGCAGACACAGGCCCCCUCCCUUUCAGGAAGUCUUCUCUUCCUAUAAACCAAGAACCACCACUG